CCAAUGAAUGUGUCCAGCACAGAAACCAACUCUGUUAGCCACUUCAUCCUCAUGGGCUUUCCCUCAAGCCCAGAAAUGCAGCUCCUCUACUCUGGGCUCUUCUCAGUAGUCUACGCCCUGACUCUGAUGGGGAACGCAGCCAUUGUCUGUUCUGUGUUGUGGUACCGGCGGCUUCACACCCCCAUGUACAUCUUCUUGGGAAAUUUCUCUCUCCUGGAAAUAUGUUAUGUCACCACGACUGUCCCUAACAUGUUGGCCAAUUUCCUGUCCACAAACAAGUCUAUCUCCUUUGUGAGCUGUUUCACACAGUUCUACUUUUUCUUCUCGUUUGGGUGUGAUGAGGGCUUCUUCCUUUGCAUCAUGGCCUUUGACAGGUACCUUGCCAUCUGUCGUCCUCUAUAUUACCCAUGCAUCAUGACUAAACAGCUGUACAAUGGCCUUGUCAUCUUCGGAUGGUCAUGUGGGUUCAUCCUCUUCCUAAUCCCAGUUGUUCUCAUUUCACGGCUGCCCUACUGUGGCCCAAAUACCAUCAACCAUUUUCUGUGUGAUCCUGUCCCAUUGAUGUUGCUGUCCUGUUCUGAAGACACCACCACUCGGUUCAUCUACUCUACUUUCAAUGCUAUUUUCAUGAUUGGCACCUUUCUCUUUAUUCUUUGCUCCUAUGCUCUGGUGAUUGUGGCUGUGCUACGGAUGCCUUCAGCAGCAAGCAAACACAAGGUUUUCUCCACUUGUGCUUCUCAUUUAGCGGUUGUCACCCUGUUUUAUGGCUCCGUCAUGGUGAUGUAUGUUAGUCCUGGAUCAGGACACCCAGUGCAAGUGCAGAAAAUUGUGACCUUAUUUUAUUCUGUGAUAACACCACUCUUCAAUCCUCUAAUUUAUAGCCUCAGGAACAAGGAGAUAAAGACUGCCCUAAGGAAAGUCUUUGGGACUGAAAUGCCUGUCCAUAAAAUAUAA